GAGAGAAAGUGAGCUCACGUUCACACAUUGGUAAAGAGGCUGGUCUUGCAAUGCCUUUGAAUAUUUUACUUUUAGUCAGUUCCCCAUCAGAGUCAGAGUCAUACAUCUAUGCUGAGCUGAAGCAAACUACAGCAAUGGACAGCACUAGAAGAUUUGAAAUCUAAUCUCAUACAUUAUAUCUCCUGGAUAUUUUUUUAAUUACGUACCCCCCACACACAAACACAAGCGCGCGCGCACACACACACACGCACACACACACGCAGACGGUAUCACCCACACUACCACAGAACAAACACCUAUUCUGUCCUCACGGAUACACACACACGAGCGCGCGCACACACACAUCUCUCUUUAUCUCCUCCUGGCUUCCUGGAGGAUUGUGCCGGCUGUUUUUCAUGGAGAAAGUCCAGGGAGAAAUGGAGAUUGAGAGAUGGGAAAGGAGUGAAGACAUGUCAGACGCUGAGAAAAAGGUGAUUCAAGAGACCUGGAGCAGAGUAUAUGCCAACUGCGAGGAUGUCGGGGUCUCCAUACUAAUCAGGUUUUUUGUCAACUUCCCAUCUGCCAAGCAGUACUUCAGCCAGUUCAAGCACAUGGAAGACCCGCUGGAGAUGGAAAGGAGCCUGCAGCUGCGCAAGCAUGCCCGGCGGGUCAUGGGUGCCAUCAACACUGUGGUAGAGAACCUCAACGACUCUGAAAAGGUCUCCUCUGUCUUGGCCCUGGUGGGCAAGGCCCAUGCUCUCAAGCACAAAGUGGAGCCCGUGUACUUCAAGAUCCUAACCGGUGUCAUGCUGGAGGUCAUUGCUGAAGAAUAUGCCAAUGAUUUCACCCCAGAGGUGCAGAGAGCUUGGACCAAGAUGAGAAGCCUCAUCUACACCAACGUGACUGCCGCGUACAAGGAGGAGCCCCCUGGUGAAAGUAGUGACAGCAGCAGCAAAGUGACAGAACCCUCUACAGCCAACUUGACCUGCUGCCGUCCACCGGAGAGCAAUGCGCAUUGAAACAUAACAGCACCCAAGAAAACGGCUUCACUCUCGUUUCCAGGAAUUAUUCUGUAUAUGCAUAUUAGAAGCUGGGAGGGCUUGGGGGAUUCCUAUAACCAGACUAACAACUUUACA